CACGUGUCCAAAUGACAUCUCCAAGCCCUUAUAUCCACGUCUUCUAGGACGAUUGUGUGCACGAUUAUGUGCGCUAUCCGUCGUUGUCUUUGAACUUCAGAUCAUCAUGUAUUUUCUUAACAUCCUCGUGUCGUUGAUUUCUGUCGUCUCGUUAACGAAGUAUGCGGCUGCCAGUCUUCGAAUUAAAGCUGACCAUCAUUCCUUUGCUGGCGUCAAUUAUCCAGGUCUGCAGUUUUUGGAGCAGGCGGAAAGGGAUGAGGUAAUUCGGGCCCUUGUGAGGGCACAUGCGAGGGUGAUUCGGUUGUUCAUCCGAGGAGAUGAGACACACCCAGAUCUCGAAAAGGAACUUGGGAUCUUCGAUCAAUCUCUUCUUGACCAAUUUGACGACACCUUAGCUGCUAUUCAUCGAAUAUCCAAUGCAGGCAAGGUCAAAGUUAUUAUUGCACCGCAUGAUGCACAUGCCCUGCGGGGUUCGAACAACAUUCCAUGCGAUGCAUACUGCAAGAAAGUUGACUCUGCGUUCUUGGAUUUCUACAGCAACCUCGAAAUCCGGGAAAUAUACAAGCACCGCUUGACGCACUUGUUUAGCGACUACAAAUCUAAAAACUUCCAGGGCGCCUCAUGGGGCACAUUGAAGGAAGUCAUCAUGGGAGUUGACCUUCAAAACCAGCCUUGGUCUGGUAUCUGGCCCAUUGUUGCCGGGGAGCCAUGGCUCUGUGACAUCGCAACACAUCUUAAGGAAACCAUUGGCCUUGGUGACAAUAACAUUGCCGUCAUCACAGGCGGAAUCUCUAGCCCACAAAGCCCAACUGGAACUGAAAACUUCCCUGACUCGGCCUUUGAUUGUAAGGCGGUUGAUGUCAUUGGAAUCCAUGGUUACUACUCGGCUAGCAAUGAUGCGACAGCAGGAACUGCGUGGGCAAACAUGUUUCUACCGGGGAACACGCUGACUUCUCGCGCACUGGGGAAGAAGCUUCUUCUUGUUGAAGAGAUGGCAUACAUGAACACUGACAACGGCCUGGUGUACAAGAAGUCAGCAAUCUGGGACCAAGGAAAUGCACUCAAUUACCGCGGGAUUCCCUGGAUGUAUUCCACAGCUUCAACCGAAGAUGAAGGCACCAGCUCCCGCGUAAGCAUUCUCCGCGCCCACAAUUUCGCCGUUGGCGCCCUCGCAUCCAUCCUUCAAAGCGCCUACCGCGCUCGCAGCAACUUUGAUUGGAGCCCCUAUCUGCCUCCCCCUGCAUCGGGACUCUCUAAUCUCACAGUACUUCCGCUAAACCCCUUCGUCCCAGAGCAAAGCUCCUGCACCUUCGGGUGCCUAGGCUGGUUGUGCGACGCGGCCGACGGCUGCUCGCCAGACCUAAUUUGCAAGAACUCCGUGUGUCAGAAGCCUGCAGAAACCCAGCCUGGUUCGGUGGGUGCAAAUUGCAAUAGUAAGACUGUAUGCCAGGAACACCUUGUUUGCGAAGAUGGCACAUGUCAGAAGUGCGUUGCUCGACCUAGCAUCCAGCCUUCCGAUCCGAGGAAGCACAUGGUUGAGGGCCACAUUACCGGACAGUGCCAUUUGGAUAUUUCCUCUCCCUUCAACAUGCGCCCGAUCUGCACACUGUGCGAUCCCUCGAAGCAGACAUGUCGGGGCAGCCCAUGUCAUAGGCCGGGCGACUGCUCUGCGGACGAAUUUUGUGACUGGGGGCUUUGCAAACCGUGCACUGAGGGCUGUCUGGGGAUGAAGUGCAAGUCCUCCAACAAGUGCAAGACCGGAUAUUGUAAUGUGUAUGGACGCUGUGAUUACCCUACGAAGGUUAAGAAACCGUCCGGUCCGGGAGCAAAUGCAGGAAGGCGAGGCCCGGGCUGGAAUAAUAAAGGACCCAAGGACCAGCAGCGGGGGCCGGCGAAAGUGAGGGAUGAGGCCAUGAGAAUCAACAUUCCUAAGGAGGGGGUUAGGGCUACCGGAAGUCCUGUAUCGUGA